AUGAUGUAUCUUCUCUGCAUCCUUUUCUUCUCGCUGCGUUUGGCUGCGGGUGACCAAACCAUCGCCUUGGCUGGCAAUACCGGUGUUCCGGCAAUGCAUGCCGCCCUCCUUCUUGACGGCAGCGUCAUGUUCCUCGACAAGAUUGAGAACCGCAGCAAACUCUUCCUUCCCAACGGCGGCAAGGCGUACUCUUCCAUCUACGAUCCCGAGUCUCGGAGUGUGACUGGCCUUGGAGUCACAACCAAUCCGUUCUGCUGCGGAGGAUCCUUCCUUGCCGAUGGACGCCUCAUCUCGCUGGGCGGCAACGGGCCCCUCUACCACGAUGAUUCCUCCGUCGGAGAUGGAUUCGAUGGAAUCAGAUAUCUUGUGGCAUACGGUGAUCAAACAAAAUGGUCUGAGCCGGGCAACAAAUUAGCUUCAAAGCGAUACCUUACGGGCCUGGACCAGUACAAUCCAGUCAACAAUAAUCCCACCUACGAGAUCCUAGACCGACAUGGCAUCAGUUCGGGAGACAAUAUCGAUAUGGAAAUCUUGAUCAACAACCAGCCUUACUUCAUGUACCCAUUUGUGCAUUUGCUCAGGGACGGUACUAUAUUCGUCUUUGUAUCGAAGUCGUCUCAGACGUUCGACGUUGCCAUGAACAAGGUUGUCAAGGAAAUGCCAACCCUACCUGGAAUGUAUCGCACAUAUCCCAACACCGGUGGCAGCGUGAUGCUGGCACUCAGUUCAAGUAGAAAAUGGGAGCCGGAGAUCAUGAUCUGUGGUGGAGGUGCGUUCCAGGCUCAAGAUAGCCCAUGUGAUCACACGUGUGGCAGAAUCAAACCACUCGGUGAUGCACAAUGGACAAUCACUGAGAUGCCUCAGCCUCGAGGUAUGGUCGAGGGCAUCAACCUUCUUGACGGAACCAUUCUCUGGCUCAAUGGUGCUCAAGUUGGGGCUCAAGGUUUUGGUAUCGCAGACAGUCCGGCGUACGAUCUACUGAUUUACAAGCCCGAGGCUGAUGAAUGGAUGGUUGCGGCUACCUCGAACAUUCCGCGGCUGUACCACUCGGUGGCCCUUAUGCUUCUCGAUGGCAGGAUCCUCAUCGCUAGAAGCAACCCCAACGAGAUGCCCGUGUGGCAAGAUGAGACGGAUCCAGACGAUCUGUUCAGGAAGUAUCCUACGGAAAUGCGGAUCGAGAUCUUUACACCGCCUUAUCUGCAAGGUGAACGUGCCAAACUCCGGCCUACUGAUGUCGAGCUUUCCGCACGUUACGUGAGUCCUGGUGACACAUUUAGUGUCGAAUUUUCCCUCCCCAAAAAGAUGGAGGUCGAGAGUGUUGAGGUGGCUCUGUAUCAAGGUGGUUUCGUCACUCAUGCGCUUCACAUGGGCCAGCAAUUGUACAUCUUGGAAACGGCUUGGGAGAGCAAGGAUCGAAAAAUCAUUGCCAAAGCUAGAGUGCCAGAAAUCAAAAUGGCUCCAGGCCCCUACUUUGUGUAUGCUCUGGCAAAUGGUGUGCCCAGCAUCGGCAAGGCGCUAUCGCUACGACGGAAUUAA